CCGGGCCGCGCUUCGCCUCGACGCCGCCGCUGCCGCCGCCUCCCCUCGGGAACCGAACCCACCUGCGCUGCAGAGGUCUACCCUGAUUGCUCCAUUCUUUCCUAUUCUUGAAAAUGAAAAGAACUAUUUUAUAUUUCCUUUUGCUGGUUGGACUUUUUCCUGUUUCAGCCAGAGAGCGUCAUCUUCCAAGAACACCUUUGAGUCAAAGAAAUGAUGCUCCUUUUCUUGAAAAUGUUUGCAGUAAUAAACGUCUUGACCUUGUGUUCAUCAUUGAUAGCUCUCGUAGCGUUCGCCCUUAUGACUUUGAAAAAGUGAAAGAAUUCAUCUUAACCAUCCUGCACUUUUUGGACAUUAGUCCUGAUAACACUAGAGUGGGACUAAUCCAGUAUGCCAGCACAGUCAAAAAUGAAUUUUCACUGAAGACUUUUAAGAAGAAACAGGAUAUAGAGAGAGCAGUGAAAAGAAUGAUGUAUCUUGCCACUGGAACCAUGACAGGAUUAGCUAUUCAGUAUGCAAUGAACAUUGCAUUUUCAGAAUCUGAAGGGGCUCGGCCACUCAGUCAGAAUGUACCUAGAGUUAUCAUGAUAGUGACAGAUGGGAGACCACAGGAUCCAGUUGCAGAAAUUGCAGCAAAAGCCCGAAAUUCAGGAAUCCUAAUAUUUGCUAUUGGAGUGGGAAGAGUAGAUAUGAACACGCUAAAGUCAAUUGGGAGUGAACCUUAUGAAGACCAUGUUUUUCUGGUUGCAAACUUCAGCCAAAUUGAAUCACUGACUUCUGUGUUCCAAACUAAAAUUUGUGUCCAGCAUAUGUGUAGUAUAACCGAGCAUGGUUGUGACCAUUUCUGCAUCAACACUCCUGGCUCUUAUGUAUGUAAAUGUAAACAGGGAUAUAUUCUGAACUCAGAUCGGAGAAGCUGUAGCAUCCAGGAUCUAUGUGAGAUUGAAAAGCAUGAAUGUGAGCACAUAUGUGUGAAUACACCUGGAUCCUAUGUCUGCCAAUGUUACGAUGGCUAUGAACUUGAAGAAGAUGGGAAGAAUUGUUUCAUUGUGGACUACUGUGCUUUGAAUAACCAAGGUUGUCAACAUGAGUGUAUUAAUACUGAAGACUCUUACUAUUGUCAGUGCCAUAAGGGGUUCAUUCUAAAUCCAGAUAAAAAGACUUGCAAAAGACCAGACCAUUGUGCUUUGCAAAAUCAUGGCUGUCAGCAGGAAUGUGUCAAUACAGAUGAAUCCUAUUUUUGCCAAUGCAAGCAAGGAUUUACUCUUAAUCCAGAUAAGAGAACUUGCAAAAGAAUAAAUAUCUGUAGUUUGGGAAAACAUGGCUGCCAACAUGAAUGUGUUAGCACUGAAGAAUCAUAUAUGUGCAAAUGCCAAACUGGAUACAUACUGAACCGUGAUCGCAAAACUUGCAGAAGAAUAGACCACUGUGCUGAGUUCAAUCAUGGGUGUGAACAGCUCUGUCUGAAUACCAGAGAAUCCUACAUUUGCCAGUGCUCCGAAGGAUUCAUCAUUAAUGAGGAUCUGAAAACUUGUUCACGAGUGGACUAUUGUUUGCUGAAUGACCAUGGCUGUGAACAUUUAUGUGUGAAUACUGGAACAUCUUACAUCUGCCAAUGCACUGAAGGAUAUGUGCUUCAUGGUGAUGGGAAAACCUGCAAACGUAGAGAUCUUUGUAAGUUGGUGGACCAUGGAUGUGAGCAUCUUUGUGAAAGUGAUGGUGAAUCUUAUGUCUGCAAGUGCCAUGAAGGAUUCAUACUAAAGAAGGAUAGAAGAACCUGCAGAAAUCAAGAUGUUUGCAAGUCCAUCAACCAUGGGUGUGAACACAUCUGUGUUAAUAAUAAUGAUUCAUAUGCCUGCAAAUGCCAUGAGGGAUUUGUAUUAUGGAAUGAUGGGAGAACAUGUAAAAGAUGUACUGAAGGCCCAAUUGAUCUGGUAUUUGUGAUAGAUGGAUCAAAAAGUCUGGGAGAAAAUAAUUUUGAAAUUGUCAAGGAAUUUGUCUUGGGAAUUUUGGACUCUCUUACUAUAUCUCCCAAAGCUGCACGUGUUGGUUUGUUGCAAUAUUCCAGUCAGGUCCGCACAGAAUUCACCCUGAAACAAUUCAACACAGCCAAAGAUAUGAAGAAAGCAGUGACACAAAUUAAAUACAUGGGGAAAGGAUCCAUGACUGGGCUUGCACUGAAGCAAAUGACUGAGAGAAGCUUUACAGAAGCAGAGGGAGCCAGGCACUUGUCAGCAAAUGUUCCCAGAGUGUCUGUUCUGUUUACAGAUGGACGGGCCCAAGAUGAUGUUUCUGAAUGGGCAACUAAAGCAAAGCAAAGUGGAAUCACUAUAUAUGCUGUUGGAAUAGGGAAAUCAAUUGAGGAAGAAUUACAAACAAUUGCAUCUGAUCCUGUUGAAAAACAUGUUUUUUAUGCUGAGGAAUUCAAAGCCAUGGAAGAGAUCACUGCAAAACUGCAGAAAAGAAUCUGUGAAGAUCUGAAGGAUUACCAGGAUGGAACCACAAGUGCACUUCAUUCAAUGAAUUUACUUUCUGAAGAACCUGAAACAUCUACCUUAGCAAUCACAGAUGUUCUUUCCUGUUCCAAUUUUGCUGUGCAUCAUAAAUAUCUUUUUAAAGAAAAACAGUUACGGACAAAAGCUGCAGAUGACAAGAAAGACCCAUGCAAAUGUGAACAUCUUAUGGAUUUCCAGAAUUUUGCAACUACUGAAGUUAGGAAACUAACUCAGCAACUAGAAGAAAUGUCAAAAAGAAUGGAAGCCUUGGAAAAUCGAUUAAGAUACUAAUAAAAUGUCCUUAGCAGCAAUAUGUUUGUUGGAUAUUUAUACACAAGAGAAUGUAUCAAAGCUAUGUAGGUAUGUAUGUCUCCCACAGAAAAGGAGAAUUUAUGACUCCAGUAAUUUAGAGUACCAUGUAAUGUUGUAUUUUUGCAUUGACCACAGUACAGAAAAAUUACAAACUGUUUAUAAAACUGUUUUUUUCAAUUGAGAAGCUAUGUAAAAUAAUAAAAUAGUGCUAUAAAAAGACAAAGCCUGGAAGGCCAAAUAUUGUUUAGUCUUGGUUCUAAUGCAGACUGGAUGCAGUCAAGUGUUACAAUGGUUUUCCUACACUUCUCAUGUAACAAUGUUAAUAUCUGCAUUAAUAGCAAAUUAUUAUUUCUCUGUGCUUAGACCCUUCCUACAGCCAGCACUUAUCUCCAUAAGUAAUUGAUGAUAGGGAAAUUGGGGCGAAGUAACCAGCAUAUUUAGGGCACACUCUCUACAUUCAUAUUAACCACUAGGUAUUUAUAUUUGGGAUGAUGUUUUGGGAAACACAUACAAUGUAUAAAAUUUAAUUUUAUUGCUAGAAUGACAUACUUCAAAAUGCUAAAUGCCUUAGCUUUUUAAAAAAUAUCCUCAAACAGAUAUAUCACAAGUAUUCUAACAAUGUUGACCAUUAGAUAAUUGAAGGAAUAGAUAGCCAUCACAAGGGGAAAUUCAUUCAUUCCAGAAUUAACAUUUGCAUUAUUACUUCAGAACAAAUGAACAAGUGCCUCAGCUCUGAAUUAUGCCAAAAAUAAAUAAUGUCCAAUCUUAUAUCCUCUUCCACCAUCUAUUAUUUUGCUUUGUAAAACUUAAGCUAUUCUGUUUGGUUUUUCUGCUUCUAAAUAGAAGGCUGAAUUUGCUUAACCAUAUCCCUAAUUUACUGUUAACAUGGGGGGGGGGAGUCCCCCAAAUAAAAAAGUCUCCCUCGCUGAUAAAAGAAUCAGCAUGAGACUCAAAUGACUAAAGGCUGCUGCAAAGGAUGAAUUACUCUUUGAAAUCUAGCAGUUGCUCAGAUGGGCAGUUUCUUGCUGAAUUCUUUCUACAAUACUUACGGGACUUCUUUUUUCUCUCACUUCAUCCCAGUUUUGUUCCCUUUUUCCCUCUUCCUAGCACACACACCCUUUCCUUUUACUGUACCUAUCUCCAGCCUAGCAUUUUUUUUUCUAUGUUGCAGCAAUAGCAGCUUCUACAAGGUGUUGCAGGUCUCCCAGCAUUCUCAGAAUCCUUUUUUCCACAUUCAGUUUGGAACACUGCACAGCCCUAAUUAGAAGAUGGUUGUUCCUUCCUUUCUGCAUUUAUACAACUAAAGUGACUCUAGGUUGUUUCCAAUCACAAAAUUAACCAUUCCUUUAAAACCCACUGCUGGUUUUCAGAUGUUCUACACAACCUUAAUAUGCGUACAUACGUACAUAGACAUUUAUGGAGGAGGUGGUCCAAAUUUGGUGGGGAAGCUGGGCACUGCAGAAGAGUUUGCGUUUAUAUAUACUCUUUUCUGUCACCUCUCCCUUUCAGAUGAAUAGAGUACUUGAUCAGCAUAGCCAACAUGUGACUAUAUUCUUUAAUCCCACUGGGUCUUUAAUUCCCAAAUA